AUGUCAGCCGCCAAUUCAUCGCCCAACAACGACACUCAGAGUCCGCGCCCACCAAGUCGAGCCCAAGAAAUGCAGACGGAGUACACCGCCCGAUAUCCACCAUUGGAAAACCUAAGGCAGCCGGAUCAGACCGAUCGUAAUCCACCAUUGGAAGACCUAAGGCAGCCGGAUCAGACCGAUCGUAAUCCACCAUUGUUCGACCUAAGGCCGCCGGAUCACACCGAUGAAUACCCACUAUUUGAAGACACAAGGGCGCUGAAGCAAGCAAGAUCAACCGAAAAGGCUCGUGCGACCAGACAAGGAAACAAAAUCAUCAGUCACGUGCGUAAUAAAAAAAGUCGCACCGAACUCAAGUUCAUGAGGACAGAAUUUUCCACGACUAUCGCCGACUGUCUUUCAAUUCAUCAGCAAUAUUGUGAUUCGAAAGAAGAAGAAGAUGAACGAGACGACGAAUGGGUGAAAGAACUUGGAGAAGAUGCAGAAACGAUAUUUGAAAUCAUCGACCGUUAUUUAGAAAGAACAUCCCGUCCGCCAUCCGCAGUAUCCAUCGGCCAUGCGUCUCAACGGUCACUCGGCAUCCAGUCAAACGCCACCGUCUAUCCAGCGCAACCGGAUCCGCCCAAUCGAUCAGCAGAUCACCAUUCCGUAUCACCAUCCAGCUCAGUCUCAAACCAAGACGCUAAAGCUUUACAAGAGGAAAGGCGUCAGCGCGAAGAAGAAAGGCGUCAACGCGAAGAAGAAAAGCGUCAACGUGAACAACUAGAAAAGCAAAUCCAACAAAUGAAGAUAGACGAAAAAGAGAAGAUCAAGAAAGCCGUUGAAGAAGAAAGAGAGCGACAGUCCAGCAAAUACACCACAGCUAAUCGAGAUGCAGUAAAUGAAGCGGAAAAACGUGCCAACGAGAUAGCUGAAGAAAACAAAAAAAUCAGAACCGCGCUGGAGGUCCAAAAACAAAAGCAAAAGGAGCUGUUUGAAGCCGCCCAAGAAAAGGAUCGGUUGCUGAGGCUAGAAAAAAAAGAAAGGCUUGAGAGUGAACAAAAACUGAAUCAGAAGAUCCAAGAACAGCAAAGCAAAUUUCCCGUCAGUUCUCUCUUAAAACAACCGUACACCUCCUUCCAGCCCACGCAAUUCGAACCAACCAGAGGAGCCAAUCCAUUUGACAAUUUGUUCCAGACCGCGUCAAAUCCAAAUCGUCAAACCGAAGAGGAACCAAUCAACUUUAAGCAAUGGACGGCCCACAACGACAAUUUAUUGUCGUCGACAAAAGAUUCCACCGAGUCAAACCACAACACAAGAUCAGUUUUUCGUCUUCCCAAAUUGGACUUAAAACCCUACGACGGCGAUCCCAAGAAGUGGCCCGACUUUAUUGCAAUCUUCAGAGAUUUAGUCCACUCCAACAACAGCUUAUCAUCAACAGAAAAAAUGGCGUUGCUCAAGCGAUCCUUGUCAGAAGACAUCCGAAAUGGACUAGGCGACUCUCUCAGCAGCUCGGCUUUGUACAGCGAAGCUUUGACCGAGCUCGAAAACACCUAUGGUCAUCCUCAGAUCGUCUCAAGAGCCUACAUCCAAUCUCUGAUCGAGCUACCAAAAGUGAACAACGACUAUAAAACUUUGCUCAAAUUCUCGCAAACUCUCAAUGGAGCCGUUUCAUCUUUGAAGAAUGGAGGUUACGAACACGAGCUGAAAGCAUCCGGCAUCCUCGAGCUAAUUUUGGCCAAGCUUCCAGCGGAGUUACAAAGCAGGUGGGGGAAAAAGAUUGUCAAGAGUCACCCAGUCUGCCUAACCCUUCAAGACUUCUCAAGCUGGAUCCACCUAAUCGUCAAAGGAGAAAUGAUGGCCAAGCAUUGUUUGAUUUCUCCAGCAUCAUCGCCCCCAUCCAGCAAAAGCAACCAAAAGCCGGGCCGGCAGCAAACGGACCGAAAGCCGAAGCAUCCGCCUUCAAUCAACAUCAUCGGUCACAAACCAGCCGCUCCGCCCUCAACAGCAGCCAAACAAAACGAUGGAAGCAAAACCUUGACGUGCCUCCUGUGCAGAGGAGACCACCGUCUUUCAUCGUGUCCAAAGUUCGCAGCCUUAUCGUUAGAAGAAAGGAUGAAGAUCAUCAAGGAGUUUAACUGCUGUCUACGGUGCCUAACUAAAGGACAUUGGACGAAAGAAUGCUUUAACAAAACGAAAUGCAACUUCGAAGAAUGCACUGCCCAUCACCACCCACUUCUCCACGGCGCUCCAAGCCUCAACGUGUCCUUUAAAGAGAAAGGCGUUGGAACGCACACCGUCGAAGGAGAUUCAAUCACCACCCUGCUGCUAACAAUUCCAGUCAUCAUUGAAGCUAACGGAAUCCAGGUCAACACAGUAGGCAUCUUGGAUCAAGGAAGCCAAGCAUCAUUGAUCCUCGACAAAAUAUCAAAAAAGCUGAAACUCGACGGUCCUACGCAGUCAUCACCUUUAGCGACUUUCCACGGAAACGAUCCGAAGAAUAAAGUGAAAUGUGUAUCUUUCAACAUUCUCACCACCGAUUCCAGCCGCUCUUUCGAAGUCAAGUCUGCGUACACAGUCCCGCGUCUACAAAUUCAAACAACCAGCCUUAAUUGGCCGGCAGUCAAACAUCAAUGGAAUCAUCUUAGCGAUAUCGAGCCAAUCAACGCGGACACCAAAGAAAUAGGCGUUCUUUUAGGACGUGAUGUGCUCCGUGUUCACGAUGUACUAGAUUCCCGCUAUCCAGCCGACGGAGUUGAAGCCCCGGAUGGAAUCAAAACUCAUUUUGGUUGGUGUGUGACCGGACCAGUGGCAACCGCCACUUUGCAUCCACCUCUUCACAUCAACGCGCUUUCCAUCACCCAGCAACUCUCCGAUCAAGCUUUACACGACGUCGUCAAUCAAUUCUGGCUCACAGAAAGUUUCGGUGUUCGUCCGUCAACAUCUUUGCCUUCAUCACUGGACGACAAAGCAGCAUUGAAAAUACUGGAGCAGACGACGCGUCACACUGGAGAAAGGUACGAAGUCGGACUAAUGCUUCGUGAUCCCAAAAUCAACAUUCCGAAUAAUCGUGAAGUCGCCGUUCGUCAUUUCAACUCGCUGGAAAAGCGCUUCGCCCGUGAUCCAGCAUUCGCCGAAAGAUAUUCCCGCGUGAUGAACGAAUACAUUUCCCUCGGACACGCAGUAUUAUUGGACGUCAACAACUCUAUCCGCAAAGGCUUCACCUGGUAUCUUCCGCAUCACGGCGUCACAAAUCCAAACAAACCGGAAAAAGUUCGUGUGGUAUUCAAUCCAUCCGCUCGUUACAAAGGAACGUCGCUGAAUGAACAAUUGUUCAUAGGUCCCGAUCUGCUAACGUGUCUAAUUGGCGUCCUUCUUCGCUUCCGGCAGUUUCCCGUUCCAAUAUCCGGCGAUAUAGAGAAAAUGUACCACCAGGUGCUCGUUCCCAAACAGCAACAAUCUCUUUUCCGCUUUCUUUGGAAAAACCCUGGCGACGUAGGAGAACCGAAAGAAUACCAAAUGACAGUUCACGUCUUUGGUGCCGUAUCGUCUCCAACCAGCUGCAUCUACGCGCUGAGAAAAACGGCAGAAGAUUUUGGCAGCCGCUUCCCCGACGUCGCCGAUUCAGUAUCCAAAAAUAUCUACGUCGACAAUUAUCUAGAUUCCACGGAGACAGAGGAAGAAGCUAUCGCAAAAUUACGUGACGUUUCAGCAUUGUUAAAGCUCGGCGGCUUCAACAUGGUCCAAUGGCUUUCAUCUUCCCGAUCCGUCUUAGCCACCGUCGAUCAUUCCGAUCUUUCACGGUCACUCGAUCUCGACGCCGACAAACUUCCAAUCGAACGGACUCUUGGCCUGCUCUGGAAUUGUCAACAAGAUGCGUUCAACUUUAAAUCGUCGAUCAAAAUCCAAGCCAAAACCAAACGUGAAGUUCUCCAAGAAGUAGCUUCCGUCUUUGACCCACUCGGAUUUCUCUCUCCAGUCGUAAUGACAGCCAAAAUCCUGCUUCAAGAAAUUUGGCGAUCCGGCGCGGAUUGGGACGAUCCAUUGCCUCCUACACUGCUUGAAAUUUGGAUGGCAUGGGCAAAGGAACUUUCAGCAAUCGCCUCCAUCAAGAUUCCGCGUUGCUUCCGGCUACAAGAAAAGCCCAUCUCCUACGAGCUUCAUGUUUGUUCCGACGCAUCCGAGGUCGGUUUCGGCGCCUGUGUCUACCUGCGAGCCGAAUAUCCAAACGGACAUUUUCGCCUCAACCUUCUUCUCCGUUUGGAGCUACAAGGCGCAGUGCUGGGCGUCCGAUUAUGUGAUUCCGCCAUCAAGGAGCUUGGACCCAUCGCAGCACAAGUUAUCUACUGGUGUGAUUCUCAAACCGUGCUUCAAUGGAUUCACUCAAAAUCGUGCAAGUAUCACGCGUUCGUCGCACACCGGAUUACCGAAAUUAUCGAAAGCAGUGCCGCUUCUCAGUGGCGCCACAUCCCAGGCGAAUUGAAUCCGGCCGAUGAUUGUUCCCGCGGCAUUCCAGCAACUCAUCUCACAACUCAACACAGAUGGUUCCGUGGCCCAGAUUUUCUCGCCUUGCCUCAAUCUUCUUGGCCCUCAACAGGCGUGAUAUCCGAACCAUCCUCAGACGAUCCCGAAGUGUCGCCGGCAAAAUGGGUCGGCUUCGUUCAAGUGACCAACGACCAUCCCGUCUUCAACUUAAUUCAACAAUCUUCAAAUUUACACAAGUUGAAACGCAUCGUCGCUUGGCUACUCCGGUUCGUCAACAAUCGCCACAUCAAUCCGAAAAAUCGACAGUUGGCUCCUUACGUCAAAGCUCCUGAACUCCGCGAAGCACUCCGCUUCAUUAUUCGUGUCGACCAACGGCAUUUCUUCGACGACGAGUUCCGGUGUUUGGCCAAAGGACGACCAGUGCCAACAGCUUCAUCCCUGGCCAAUCUUACCCCAUUCUUAGAUCCGUUCGGAAUCAUCAGAGUCGGUGGUCGGCUACAACACGCGUCUCUGCCGGAAGAUACGAAACACCCAAUUGUGCUAUCCUCCGACAGUCAACUGUCCACUAUGGUCAUCACCGACACACACAAACUUCUCAUCCAUGCGUCAACAGAGCCUACGCUUCACGCACUUCGGGCAAAAUACCAUGUCCUUCAUCCUCGAGCUUCAAUCAAUCGUGUCAUACGAAAGUGCUUUACGUGCAAGCUUCGUAAUAGUCAACCAGCGCCACCACUCAUGGGCCCACUGCCUGCUAGUCGCCUGCAAACUCAUCUUCCCGCUUUUACCAACGUCGGAAUCGACUUUUUCGGCCCAUUUUCCGUCGUCAUCUUGAGAAGAUCUGUCAAGCACUAUGGUGUGAUGUUUACAUGCCUAGACACCCGAGCUGUACAUCUUGAAGUCGCCGAUUCCCUCGAUAUGGACUCUUUCAUCAACGCUUUUUCCCGUUUUGCUGAUCGUCGCGGCGUCCCUCAACUUUGCUACAGCGACAACGGAACAAAUCUCGUGGCCGGUGAGCAAGAAAUCAACCGCGCCCUUUCCCGCUGGAACGAAGCCGAGUUGGUGCAGAAGAUUGAAAAACUAAAAAACCAACCAAUUGAAUGGAGAUUCAGUCCACCCGUAGCUCCUCACUUUGGCGGCUCAUGGGAGCGAUUGAUUAAAUCCGCAAAAACCGCCCUGCGAGGUAUUCUAAACAAUCGGUCUGUCACCGAAGACGUCCUCGUCACGGCUAUCGUCGGAGCCGAAGCGCUCCUAAAUUCUCGCCCGUUGACUCACGUCAGCGUCAACCCGAACGACUUAGAAGCCAUCACACCAAACCAUUUUCUGCUGCUGCGGGCUCAUUCAGGAUGUAACCUUGACUAUCCUCCAGGCGCCAAAGUUUCCAGUCGAAGACGUUACGAACAAGCCCAGGAGCUGAUAACGCAUUUCUGGAACCGGUGGCUCCGAGAAUAUGUCCCCAACGGCAUCGAAAGAAGAAAGUGGCUUCGUUCGCGACGGAAUCUGGCCGUCAACGAUUUAGUUCUCGUCGUCACGCCCAAUUCCCCUCGCGGAUCAUGGCCGAUCGGUCGCGUCGUCAGCGUCCAGCAAGGUCCCGACGGAUUCGUCCGAUCCGCCGACGUCAGAGUCGUUCGAGCCAUUCCAACCACCUCCAAGCGUCGCCGUUCAGCAUCUGACGUCACCUGCACCACUCAUCUGUACACCCGGUCGGUCCACAAGCUUUGCCUCUUAGAAGAAGACGAACAAGAUGUUUCCGAAGACGGAAACAGGGCCGGCAAUGUGCAAGACGUCUAA